AUGGAGAGUGAAGGAGGUCCAUUUCAAGGAAUACUCCGAGAUAUCGAAGGUCGACGCAAAUGCUACAAACAAGAUUGGAUUCUUGGCUUAAACACCGGUUUAAGAAUUUUGGCUCCGACUUGUUAUAUUUUCUUUGCCUCGUCUCUUCCUGUAGUUGCCUUUGGUGAGCAAUUAAGUAAACAUACAGGCGGAGCUCUAAGCGCGGUGGAAACAUUAGCUUCUACUUCGAUAUGUGGAAUCAUCCACGCCAUUUUUGGUGGACAGCCAUUGUUGAUACUUGGAGUUGCAGAGCCAACCAUCAUUAUGUAUACUUAUCUUUACAGUUUUUGCAUUAGUAGACCGGACAUUGGUGGGGAGCUUUACCUCGCUUGGGUCGCUUGGGUUUGUGUAUGGACUUCAGUUUUGCUUAUCCUUCUUUCGAUAUGUAACGCGUGUACAAUCAUCACGAGAUUUACUAGAAUCGCUGGAGAACUCUUUGGCAUGUUGAUUGCUGUUCUGUUUUUACAAGAAGCUAUCAAGGGAUUGAUUAGCGAGUUUUGCUCCCCCGAGAGUGAAACUCAUGAAUCAGGGGAGUCUCAUUUCCUCUGGCUGUAUGCAAAUGGGUUGCUUUCGGUAAUUUUCUCGCUAGGCCUUUUAAUCACUGCGUUGAAGAGCAGGAGAGCGAAAUCUUGGAAAUAUGGAUUUGGGUGGCUUCGGAGUUUCAUUGGAGAUUAUGGUGUUCCCUUAAUGGUCUUGUUUUGGACCGCAUUGUCUUACGCAAUUCCUAGCACAGUCCCUCCAAAUGUCCCUCGAAGACUGUUCUGUCCUCUUCCGUGGGAGCCAGCUUCAUUGUACCAUUGGACUGUAAUCAAGGACAUGGGGAAGGUACCGGUAUUGUACAUCUUUGCUGCGUUUAUACCUGGUGUGAUGAUAGCAGGACUUUACUUCUUCGACCACAGUGUAGCUUCACAAAUGGCUCAGCAGAAAGAGUUUAAUCUAAAGAACCCUUCUGCUUACCACUAUGACAUCUUCUUGCUUGGAAUUAUGACUUUGAUAUGUGGACUACUUGGGCUUCCUCCUUCAAAUGGUGUUAUUCCUCAGGCUCCAAUGCACACAAAGAGUCUUGCGGUUCUCAAUCGUCAGCUUAUACGCAAGAAAAUGGUGAAGAGUGCAAAGGAAUGUAUGAAGAUGAAAGCCACCAAAUCAGAAAUAUAUGGGAGAAUGCAAACAGUGUUUAUAGAGAUGGAAACUUGCUCACCUCAGGAUUAUUCAGUAGCCACAGAUUUGAAAGAUUUGAAAGAAGUUGUGAUGAGACCGGACGAAGGAGGAGAUACGAAAGGGAAAUUCGAUCCCGAUGUGCAUAUAGAGGCUCAUUUACCGGUUAGAGUAAACGAGCAAAGAGUGAGCAAUCUCUUGCAAUCAGUCUUAGUGGGUUUAACACUCCUUGCAGUGCCAGUUAUCAAAAUGAUCCCAAGUUCCGUUCUUUGGGGUUACUUUGCUUAUAUGGCAAUAGAUAGUCUCCCUGGAAACCAAUUCUGGGAGCGAUUGUUGCUUCUCUUCAUUCCUCCAAGACGGCUUUUCAAAGUCCUGGAAGGCGUACACGCUUCGUUUGUGGAGUUAGUACCAUACAGAGUGAUUGUGUCAUUCACUUUUUUCCAGUUGGUUUAUUUUCUCUUGUGUUAUGGCAUGACAUGGAUUCCUAUGGCCGGAAUAUUUUUUCCGGCGCUCUUCUUUCUACUCAUAAGUAUAAGAGAACAUUUGCUUCCUAAAAUAUUUGAUCCUCAAUACCUUCAAGUGUUAGAUGCUUCUGACUAUGAAGAAAUAGUAGCAGCACCUAUACAACACUCAAGUUUUGCAUACCGGAAACUAGGAUCAUCUCGUCAUUUAUCAGAAGGUGAAGAUGAAUUCCACGACGCAGAAAUAUUGGACGAAAUGACCACUAGCAGAGGUGAAUUUAGGAUCCGAACCAUAAGUUUGAAAGAGGUGCACCCGGGAGCCUGA